GGGCGGAGCAGGGCAGGGCUGCUGGCCAGAGCACCGCAGCGCUCCGUGACUCCGUGGCGCGGCGUCGGUCGGUGCGGCGAGGAAGACCAAGACGACCAAGACCACCGAGAGCCUUGCCGGCCUUGCCGCUUGCCUAGCCACGCGGCGGACAUCGGCCGCAGGGAGGACGUCAACGCCACGCCCGUGUGCGACGAGAUGGCGCUGAGGCGACGGCUCCUGUCGGCCGGUGACGCUGCCGCCGUCGCCGCGAUGGACCGCAAGGCCGCCGCCCUGGACAGCACCGAGGACGAGGACGCCGCCAAGGAGGCGGCCCAGGACGCCAAGGACACGCCCUGGUCCUUCCGCGCCGUGUUCGGCGUGGACGUCGCCGACCUAUCCUCGUGGAGGCGGUUCGUGGCGCUGCUGUACCGCCCCACCGACCCGGCGUCCCUCGCCGUCGCGCGGAUCUUGUUCGGUUUCCUCAUGGCGGUGGACACCCUGGAGGAGCGCGGGCUGGGCGAGGCGGACCUGCGUUGGGCCAAGCCGAUGCAGUGCUACUUCCCGCUGUUCGACUUCCUCACGCCGCUGCCGCUGCCCUGGAUGUGCAUGCUGUACCUCGCCAUAUGGACAGGCGCGGUGGGCAUGAUGCUGGGCCUCCGCUUCCGACUCAGCUGCCUGCUGUUCGCCGCGCCCUACUGGUACAUCCUGCUGCUGGACAAGAGCCGCUGGAACAACCACUCGUACUUGUUCGGCAUCGUGGCCCUCCUCUUCAGCCGGUCCAGCGCCCAUCACUACUGGUCCGUGGACGCGUGGCGCCACGGCUGGCGCGACCGGCCGGUUCCGCUGUGGAACUACACCGCGCUGCGGGUCCAGUUCUUCCUGCUCUACUUCCUGGCCGGCGUCAAGAAGUUCGACCCGGACUGGAUCGGAGGGUUCCCCAUGAGGCACCUCAACAGCCACUGGGUGUUCGACCCUUUCAAGCUGGUGCUGUCCCCGGAACAGGUGGACUUCUGGAUCGUGCACAUCGUGGGCUUCACCCUGGACCUGACGAUCGGCUUCUGGAUGUGGCUGGACGCCACCCGGCCGGUGGCCUUCAUCUUCUGCGCUAUGUUCCACCUCAUGAACUCGCGCCUGUUUAUGAUUGGCAUGUUCCCCUACGUGUGCCUCGCCACCAUGCCGCUGUUCUGCCACAACGACUGGCCGCGGCGUCUGCGCGCGGGGUGGCGCCACUGGUGGCGGCACCAGGACGCCGACGACAAGGCCAAGACCGAGGCCGAGGCGCCGCCGCCGCAGCCCUGGCCGUGGCAGCAGCCCGCGCUGCACAAGGACGCCGUCGUCGACGCGGGCUGUCUUCUGCUUCCCGAGGUGCCGGCCGGCAAGAAGCAGGACCGGGGCUCCAGGGCGCCGGCGCCGCCCCUCCGCUGGUACCACCACCUGACCGCCGCGCUGCUGCUCAGCCACACGGGCAUGCAGCUCUUCCUGCCCUACUCGCACUUCAUCACCAAGGGCUACAACACCUGGACCAACGGGCUGUACGGCUACUCGUGGGACAUGAUGGUGCACUCCUGGGACACGAUCCUGGUCGUGGUCAAGGUGGUGGAGAAGGACACGGGUCGCGAGCACUUCCUGGACCCGGACGCGUGGGUGUUCUCGGACCGGUGGGCGCGGCACGCCGACAUGGCCAAGCAGUACGCGACGUGCGUGGAGCGGAACCUGCAGGCGGAGCUGCGGCGCCACAGCGGCGCCCUGGUCGCGGGGCCGUCCAAGGGGCCGUCGAAAGGCCCGUCGCCCACAGGCCUGCGCUCCGACAAGCUGGCCGUGCACGUGGACGUGUGGUGCUCGCUCAACGGCCGCUUCCAGCAGCGCAUCUUCGACCCCCGCGUCGACCUGCUGGCCGCGCCCUGGUCGCCCUUCAUGCGCGUGCCGUGGGUCAUGCCGCUGCUCACGGAGCUGUCGCCCAUGCGGCGCCGCAUCCGCGAGCUGGAGGCGCAGGUGCAAUCGCGGUCCAACUACUCGGACGCGCUGUUCGUGGCGGACUUCCCCGGCCUGCACCUGGAGAACUACAUCUCGGACCAGCUGGAGGACGUGACGCUGACGGUGCUGGAGGGCCGCGUGGUGCUGGAGUUGAACCCGGCGGUGACGGGGGCGCCGGCCGCGCCGCACGUCCGGCGCGCCAACGUGACCCUGGAGGCGGGCGGCAGCGCGGCCGUGCCCAGCGCGGCCUUCCACCGCGUGCACACCGUCAGCGACACGCCCGCCUGCUACAUGUACGCCUACACCAACCUGAAGCGGAUGCGAGAGGUGCGCGCGCCGCCGCCCGCGCCGCCGGCGGACCGCAAGUCCAUGCUGGGCCGCCUGCGCGCGCGCGUCAAGAACGCCAAGCGCGCCGUGACGCUCGUGAGCAGCGCCCUCCUCAACAUCCUGUACUCGGUGCCCAUGGUGCAGACCGUGCGGCUCGGCUGACGGGGUCACCGUCGCAAACGGGCUGGGACUGUCACCGAGAGUCUAGGGUUUUAUGAAUUGAUGCGUAUUUCAUGAGUGAGAACAAGAACACUGUUUGUUGCGAGGGCUUCAAACGCCCAGUUUAGUUUUCGUGUAUGUUGAGAAAAGAAAACAAGCAGCUAGAGAGUACCUGAAAUUUUUAUCAUUGCUAAUAUUCUAGUCAAAGUAUUUUAAGUUUACUGUCAUUAGUUUUGUGGAACAUCAUUAAUUCUUCAAAUUUUUGAAGCUUGUGUUGAUAAUGAUUUGUGAUAAAGAAUAUGGAAACAGAAAAUCUGUAAUUCGGUACGUACUAUAUUUCCGAAUUGCAGCGGGUGCGUCAAAGCUGUAACUGUUUUGAGUGAUGCCGGGAAAAUAAAUAAAAAUACAGAGCAAGUCUUUA